AUGUCCGUCGAACUCCAACCAGCCGAGCUGGGCUUCAGACGCCCCUUCAAUCACGAAGUCAGCGAGGUGCUUAAGGUGACCAACGUCAACGAUGCUCCUGUUGCUUUCAAAGUCAAAACAACCGCUCCCAAGCAAUACUGCGUGCGACCAAACUCCGGCAUCAUUCCGCCCCAUGAAAGCGUCGAAGUACAAGUUCUACUCCAAGCCAUGAAGGAAGACCCCCCUCUAGAUGCAAAGUGCCGCGACAAAUUCCUCGUCCAAUCCGUCCUUACGUCUCCCGAUCAAGACUCAAACGUCACGACGCUCUGGCAGACGGUUGAAAAAACAUCCAAGAGCAGCAUACAGGAGAGAAAGAUUCGUGUCAACUUCCUCCCUCCGUUCGAUGCGACGCCGAAUGGCACAUCUUCCCAUGAAGAUCAUCCUCCCGCAUAUUCCUCGCCCAGUCCUAAGUUCGGAUCUCCCGCCCCCGAAUCGUCUGCUGGCGGGUCAUUCGUAGACAGCGCAAAGAAUAUGGCUACGAAUGCCGCUGAGGCAUCUGGCUUGACCGGCGCCGCCGCUGCCGUUUCCAACGCCGUCCCGACCUCAAGCGAGGAACUCAAGGAACAGUUAGCAGCAGCCAAAGCCCAGAUCAAACAGCUGAGCAGCCAACUCCAGGAUCCAAAGCUGCGACAACGAAAGAUGCAAGAAGCAAACGACAAAGUUCAGAGCGUGGUUCAGCAAAGCCACGAAACUGGGGUGCCUUUGCAGAUCGUCGCGGGUCUGUGUCUGAUCAGUUUCCUAAUUGCUUACCUAUUCUUCUGA